AUGGCCGGUCCGGUUCACUAUACUCGCCUCCUCCUCCCAUCCUCGACUACGUGCAGAAAGUCGACUUCAAUCCUCCCAAAGGCACCAGAGACUUCCCUACCGAGGAAAUGUGCCUCUGUGACGGGCUUUUUCAGAAUUUCAGAGAGGUUCCAUAAUUUUUUUGCAUUUGAAGAGGUUGAUUUCCCAGUAUUGGAGUCAGAGUUGCUCUUCUUUAGGAAAGCUGGGGAGGAGAUCAGAGACCAGCUAUUGUUUUGA